CGCCCAUCUCUCUUUUCCAUGGCUGCUUCCUCGCCCACAAAAAGCCUUCAACAGUUCGCUUCCCUCUCCUCCCAAAGAAAAGCAAAAGGAGAGAGAUGAGAUGAGAUGAGAUCAGAGAGAGAGAACCAAAGCUAGAGAGAGAGAGGAACACACAACACAAGCACUGAACCAGAGAACAGAGCACAGAGCGGAGCAAUGCACUUGGUAGAGAGCAGAGUACUGGAUUCCUGCGCCGGAGAAGACACCCUUCUCCCACACGCCGUCAUAUAUACCUCAAAAGACAAAGCCCUCCUUGCCACAGGCAGCCGAGAACAUAUUCGAUCUCCCUACCCACGGCCCUGACCUCAUCAUCAUCUUCUUCUUCCACCUCCUCCCAGCUUCACCCUCAAGCCUCCCCUCCAUCUUCUUGUGAAGCUUCUCAGGAUUCUCGCAUGCCUUUCUGCACCACCCUGACAUUGCCUCCUCUCUCCCUACACGACCUUACUAAACCACUUCCAAUGCCGACGAACAUGGCGGCCGCGCUCUAGCCAGAAACUCUCCCACCACAGCAAUUCUCACAAGAAUUCCGACCCGGCACCCAGAUGAGACCUUCGUCGCCUCUGCUCCUUCUCCUACUCCUGCAUUUCGCGCUCCUCUCCGCAGAUGCUGUCGCCGGUGGCGACAAUGGCGGCGGCGGCGACCUGCGCGGCGACGCGGCGGCGCUGCUCGCCCUCAAGGCCGCGCUCAGCUGCCGCCCGGGUGCGCUGCCAUCGUGGGAGGCGGGCAAUGCCGGCGCCGUGUGCGCGUGGACAGGCGUGCGCUGCGCCGGCGGGCGCGUCGUCGCGGUCGACCUCGCCAACAUGAACUUGAACGCGUCGAGCGGCGCGCCGGUCUCGGUGCGGGUGGCGGGGCUCGACGCGCUCGAGAGCCUCUCGCUCGCCGGGAACGGCAUCGUGGGCUUGGUGGCGGCGUCGUCGCUCCCGGCGCUCCGGCACGUGAACGUCUCCGGCAACCAGUUCGGCGGCGGGCUCGACGGCUGGGACUUCGCGUCGCUCCCCGCGCUCGAGGUGUUCGACGCCUACGACAACAACUUCUCGGCCCCGCUCCCGCUCGGCGUCGCGGCGCUGCCGCGGCUCCGGUACCUGGACCUCGGCGGGAACUACUUCACCGGCGAGAUACCGGCAGCGUACGGCGGGAUGCUGGCGGUGGAGUACCUGUCGCUGAACGGCAACAACCUGAACGGCCGCAUCCCGCCGGAGCUCGGCAACCUCACGACGCUUCGGGAGCUCUACCUCGGCUACUACAACGCGUUCGACGGCGGCGUCCCGCCGGAGCUCGGCCGGCUGCGCAACCUCACCGUGCUGGACAUCUCCAACUGCGGCCUCACGGGGCGUAUCCCCGGGGAGCUCGGCGCGCUCUCCUCCCUCGAGACGCUCUUCCUCCACACCAACCAGCUGUCGGGCCCCAUCCCGCCGGAGCUCGGCAACCUCACCUCCCUCACCGCGCUGGACCUCUCCAACAACGCGCUCACCGGCGAGGUCCCCCGCUCGCUGGCGUCGCUGACCUCGAUCCGGCUGCUCAACCUCUUCCUCAACCGGCUCCACGGCCCCGUGCCGGAGUUCGUCGCCGCGCUGCCGCGGCUGGAGACGGUGCAGCUGUUCAUGAACAACCUCACUGGCCGCGUCCCGGCGGGGCUCGGCUCCACCGCCGCGCUCCGCCUCGUCGACCUGUCGUCCAACCGGCUCACCGGCGUGAUCCCGGAGACGCUCUGCAAAUCCGGCGAGCUCCACACGGCCAUCCUCAUGAACAAUUUCCUGUUCGGGCCCAUCCCCGGCGCGCUCGGCUCGUGCGCGAGCCUGACCCGUGUCCGGCUCGGCCAGAACUACCUCAACGGCAGCAUCCCCGCCGGCCUCCUCUACCUGCCGCGACUCAACUUGCUUGAGCUCCAGAACAACCUCCUCUCCGGCGAGGUCCCCUCGAACCCGAGCCCGGGCGGCUCGUCGCAGCUGGCGCAGCUGAACCUGUGCAACAACUUGCUGUCCGGACCGCUGCCGGCGACGCUGGCGAACCUCACCGCGCUGCAGACGCUGCUGGCGAGCAACAACCGUCUCUCCGGCGCCGUGCCGCCGGAGGUCGGGGAGCUCCGGAGGCUCGUGAAGCUCGACCUCAGCAGCAACGAGCUGUCGGGACCGGUCCCGGCGGCCGUCGGGCGGUGCGGCGAGCUCACGUACCUGGACCUCAGCCGGAACAACCUGUCCGGGCCGAUCCCGGAGGCGAUCGCCGGCGUCCGGGUGCUGAACUACCUGAACCUGUCCCGGAACGCGCUCGAGGGCGCGAUCCCGGCGGCGGUCGGCGCGAUGAGCAGCCUCACGGCGGCGGACUUCUCGUACAACGACUUGUCCGGGCGGCUCCCCGACACGGGGCAGCUGGGGUACCUGAACGCGACGGCGUUCGCGGGCAACCCGGGGCUGUGCGGGCUGGUGCUUGGGCGGCCGUGUGGCGGCGUUGAGGCGCCUGCCUCGGCGGGGGGAGGAGCCCGGCGCGGCGGCGCGGGGGAGCUGAAGCUGGUGCUUGCGCUGGGCCUGCUGGCGUGCUCGGUGGUGUUCGCCGCGGCGGCCGUGCUGCGCGCGCGUUCCUUCCGCACCGGCGGCGGCGACGGCGGCGCGUGGAGGUUCACGGCGUUCCACAAGGUGGACUUCGGGGUGGCGGAGGUGAUCGAGUGCAUGAAGGAGGGCAACGUGGUGGGCCGCGGCGGGGCCGGGGUCGUGUACGCGGGGCGCACCCGGUCCGGCGGCGCGAUCGCCGUGAAGCGCCUGCAGCGGAACGGCGGCGCCGGCGCUGGGAACGGCGAGAACGACGACCGGGGGUUCCGAGCGGAGGUGCGGACGCUGGGCAGCAUCCGGCACCGAAACAUCGUGCGGCUGCUGGCCUUCUGCGAGAGCCGGGACGCGAACGUGCUGGUGUACGAGUACAUGGGCGGCGGCAGCCUGGGCGAGGUGCUCCACCACGGGAAGCGCGGCGCGUUCCUGGCGUGGGGGCGGCGGUACCGGAUCGCGCUGGAGGCGGCGCGCGGGCUCUGCUACCUCCACCACGACUGCACCCCCAUGAUCGUGCACCGCGACGUCAAGUCCAACAACAUCCUCCUCGGCGGCGGGGAUGGGGACGGCGGCGACGAGGCACGCGUCGCCGACUUCGGCCUCGCCAAGUUCUUGCGUGGAGGAGGCGCCGCCGGCGCCGGCAACGCCACCUCCGAGUGCAUGUCCGCCGUCGCCGGCUCCUACGGCUACAUCGCGCCAGAGUAUGCGUACACUCUGAGAGUAGACGAGAAAAGCGACGUGUACAGCUACGGCGUGGUCCUGCUGGAGCUCAUCACGGGCCGCCGCCCCGUGGGGGACUUCGGCGAGGGUGUCGACAUCGUGCAGUGGGCCAGGCGGGCCACGGGCGGCCGCCGGGAGGCCGUGCCGGGGAUCACCGACCGCCGCCUCGGCGGUGACGACGCGCCCGCCGACGAGGUCGCGCACCUCUUCUUCGUCUCCAUGCUCUGCGUGCAGGAGAACAGCGUCGAGCGCCCCACCAUGCGGGAGGUCGUCCAGAUGCUCGCCGAGUUCCCACGCCACGCCGCGUCGUCCUCGUCGUCGUCGUCGUCGCAGACGUCGCCGUCGGCGUCCUCGACGUCGGCGGUGCCGCCACCCCCGGGCAGGGAGGAGAGCAGCCCCGACGGGAAGGACCCGACGCCGCCGGCGGCGCCCAGCUGCUACAAGCUGUUCGUCCCGGACCUUCUGGCCUGAUGAACCGCCGCAUGAUCAUGAUUCAUGCAGGAGUAAAGUUACAGCAACUAGUGCAGAUUGGAGCUAGCGUUCUACAGUUUGGUCGGCCGACAUUGGAGAUGGUGACAAGAGCUGGGGAUCAAUCAAUAACAUGUAACUUUAUUUCAUUUUUUUUGUAACUUUAUUUUUUUGUCUUCUUUGUUUUUGGUUCGUCUAUCAAAGGUGUAUAGGGUUUGAUCAUAUGCUAUCACCUACUUAGCAGCUACUAGGGGUUUGUGCUCUCCAAUAUGCAAUAGCAUCCUCCUAGCUUCCAUCAUCAUCAUAGCUUGGGCACUUUGUAAUCUCCUGGUAAUCUUUAGCCACCAUCCAUUGUCCUCUACCACUCUACUCAUGCAUCACUUUUACACUAAUCCUUGUUUAUGCCCA